AUGAAAAUUUGAUUGUGUCAUACCAGAAAGUUGGAGGAGUAAAAGUUCGUUCUUGUCUGCAGACUUUGGUUAGUGUUUCUUUUCGAAUAAUUUCGAGUGAAAAUGAAGUAAAUUUUGUUUAAAAGUAUUGAAAUAGUUUCUCUGCUGCACGGUUUAUAAGCUAUUCGCGGCAACUGAGUACAUACAAAGCAUAGCUAAUUGGAUGCAAAAGGGGCCAGUGAGGUGGUCCACCAUCCGAGCAGGAAGGAAGUAGAAGCAGAAAAUGAUAGGCGGACUGUUUGUUUAUAAUCACAAAGGAGAAGUGCUUAUCUCCCGCGUGUACCGAGAUGAUAUCGGCCGGAAUGCGGUGGAUGCUUUUCGGGUGAACGUUAUUCACGCUCGGCAGCAGGUUCGUUCGCCGGUGACCAACAUUGCUAGGACGAGCUUCUUUCAUAUCAAGAGAGCAAACAUUUGGCUGGCUGCGGUCACGAAGCAAAAUGUGAAUGCCGCCAUGGUAUUCGAGUUUUUGUUGAAGAUUAUUGACGUAAUGCAAUCGUACUUUGGCAAAAUCUCCGAGGAAAACAUCAAAAACAACUUUGUACUGAUCUAUGAGUUGUUGGAUGAAAUUCUUGAUUUCGGAUACCCGCAAAACACUGAUACCGGGGUCCUGAAGACGUUCAUCACCCAGCAGGGCAUUAAGACUGCAACGAAAGAGGAACAAGCGCAAAUCACCUCCCAGGUUACUGGUCAAAUCGGAUGGCGUCGGGAAGGCAUUAAAUAUCGCCGUAACGAGUUGUUCCUGGAUGUCCUCGAGUACGUUAAUUUGCUGAUGAGUCCUCAGGGACAAGUUCUAUCUGCUCACGUUGCCGGCAAGGUCGUUAUGAAGUCGUACCUUUCAGGUAUGCCAGAAUGCAAAUUUGGCAUCAAUGAUAAGAUUGUAAUGGAAGCCAAAGGCCGCAGCGGUAUCUCUGGAAAUGCUGACAACGAGGUUUCUCGCUCGGGAAAGCCAGUGGUAGUGAUCGAUGACUGUCAGUUUCAUCAGUGUGUCAAGUUGAGUAAAUUCGAAACGGAACAUUCGAUCAGUUUUAUUCCACCGGACGGUGAGUUCGAGCUGAUGCGCUAUCGAACGACUAAAGAUAUUUCGUUGCCAUUCCGAGUGAUUCCCCUGGUGCGUGAAGUGGGUCGCACGAAGAUGGAAGUGAAGGUGGUGCUCAAAUCGAAUUUUAAACCAUCACUGCUCGGACAAAAGAUUGAGGUGAAAAUUCCGACGCCGUUGAACACGUCCGGAGUGCAGCUCAUCUGUUUGAAGGGCAAGGCCAAAUACAAGGCAUCGGAAAAUGCGAUCGUGUGGAAAAUAAAACGAAUGGCUGGCAUGAAGGAAACGCAACUCUCCGCCGAAAUCGAACUGUUGGAAACGGAUACUAAGAAGAAAUGGACUCGGCCGCCGAUCUCGAUGAACUUUGAGGUUCCUUUUGCACCUUCCGGGUUCAAGGUGCGUUAUCUGAAGGUAUUCGAACCCAAGCUGAACUAUUCGGAUCACGAUGUUAUUAAAUGGGUACGUUACAUUGGCCGCAGCGGACUAUACGAGACGCGAUGUUAAAAAUUGCGCAACGAUAAACAUCAACGCUACAACAACUGGCUCGAUAUUCGUGGUAUUCUAUUGGUAGGAACAAAUGAGGGAGGUAAACUGACACAUUGAUUGCAACGCUGAUAAACUACUUAUUAUAGAUUUUGGUCUAUAUUUUCACAUCGUAAAAUCGAAAAUCGAUCACUUUAAAACACGAAAGAAAAUCAACAAAUCGUUAUACAAAAAGCUGCAUUAAUUGUAGAAUCAAUGAACGUGGAAUAUAUAAGAAUAUAUGAAAAACUUUUGGACACCAUCCAGAGUUAAUAUCUUUAAGGGAACGAAAAACUCCUUACUCUCGUUUUAAGAAGAUUGUAUUACAAAGUAUAAUAAUAUAUUAAUACGCAUAGCUCAUCUUGAACAAAACGAUUUAGAACAAUAGAUAUUGGACUAAUAAUGAUAUAGGUUAUUCUAGUGAAAUGCGAUGGCAAGCUACAAAUAACGAGCAGGAAGUUUGCUUGCUUUCCAGUUUUGCCUCUUUGUAACCUGUUGCUCGUAUCUUUGUGUAAAACGAUUCAGAAUCUCGAAUUUGCUAAAUUUUUCCUUUUACUAGUUAAACACGCUUCUUUGUUUGUACAUACAGCGAAAUUGUUGACAAUAUUUUCAAUCUCUAGCCAUUCCAUUUAACAUUUUAUUUCUGCUAUGAAAUGUUUGUGCUUGUCCAACGGAGGAUAUACUAAUCAAUUAAGGACAAAUCGAUUCAAAUAUGAAUCUGCAAGGCGAUCAAGUCGAAUAAACUGUACAAACGACAACACAAACCCUGUGCAAAAAAUGCAGGAAUAGGGAUCGUUAAUGUAUCGUUGCAACCACAGGCCAUAUAACCGUUUAGAUAUGCUUUUAUCAAACGCUGUGUAUCUACCGCGAACCUGCGUUGAGAAUAUCGAUAGUAAUUGUUUACACCCAAUUCACCUCGUUUUCCCCACAAAAUCGAAGAUAAAGAAAGCAAUCAUCACUUGCAGCAAAUGAAUCAAUGUGUCUCAAUCAGUUUACUCCGGUAUGUACUCAGCAAAUUCACGCUAGAAUCGUUGUAAAAUUACGCCAAAUGCAAAUGGAGAAUUUGUACAUUCAAUUGAUGUAAAAUUUGAACAAUAUAAAAUCCUGAUUGUCCAACAAGGUAGUACAUAGUUAGUAACCGUUGCGGUAGAUAUUAGGUGCAGCAGAAGGAUAAAAUCGCACUCUCAUGGAACCAAGACAUUGGACGAUUUGACGUCGGAACAUUUAUGCUUAAAACAUCUUUCAUGAUACUAUGCAUUAAUUACGCUAGAGCUAUAAACUAUACAACCCGAAAUAUGACACAGUAAUAUACAGUGGAAUAAAUUCAUGAACAUAGUUGUUGAAAAAUG